GGAAGGGCCCGGGUCAGCUGGCGCUGGGAAGGCACCGCCUGUCCGCCCGCCUAGGACGAGGAAGUGGCCGCGGCGGCCGGUUCUGCACCCCUAGACGUCGGCAAGGGCGGUGAGUCGGGCGGGGGCGCUUUUUGGCCUUCCUUCUGUCCGACCCCGGCGGGAACCCAGCUGGGGCUGCCCCCCUCUCGCGUCGGCCGACCAGAAGAGCGGCUGCAGGUUGGUGCAAGUAGCCGGCCCCCUCACCUGACUCGCAGGCGCUCUUAUUGAAGAGGGAGGCCGGUUUCAGACCCGAGGAGACCUGCAGCCAGUGGAGGUGCUCUCCAGGACCUGUGCGUGACACUCCGGCCCAAGUGCAGGAGAGGUCUCCGCAGACGAAACCUCCUUCCUCUGUGGCAACAGAUAAAGGCGUCAACAGGAGGUAGCUGGCCCUGUGGAGGCAAGCAAGAUAAUUGGACUGAAAAACUAAAUAAAUGAACCGUAUUUUGCUGCUCAGUUUCUGCUUUUUGAUCAGAUUUCCUAUGGCAUGGAGUUGGAGAACAAUGAACAACCUGUUGUUAUGAGAGAAGAUAAUAAACGGCGGAGGAGGAGGAUGAAGCCUUACUGUACAGCAAGUGGUUUAUCUUCAACAGAGUUAAUAUCCAUUGAAUUCAUUCUGCCUACAGGCAACAUGCCGAUAGACAUAGCUGGCAAUUGUACAGUAGAGCAGAUGAAAGCACAGAUUUGGAUGCGAGCAAUAGAGAGGAAUCAGAACUCUGAUUUCUAUCAUAAAUUCACUCCAGAUCAAUUUAUUCUUCAAUACCAAAAGAAAGGACAGUGGUAUGAAAUUUAUGACAAACAUCAAAUCAUACAGACCCUGGACUGUAUAUUGUACUGGAAAGUACUACAGAAGAAGGUAGGCAAAAUCCAUGUAGUCCAAAAGCAAAAACCCACAGAAGAAGUUCAGGAGUUUCAAAAGCAACUCAAUUAUUUGAUUGGCUAUGAUGUCACAGAUGUAAGUAAUGUACAUGAUGAUGAGCUGGAAUUUGCUCGCCGCAGGCUAGUCACUCCACGGACAAUUGAAGCAUCCUGCAGAGAUCCAAAAUUGUAUUCCAUGCACCCUUGGACUACAUCCAAACCUCUUCCAGAAUAUUUGAUGAGUAGAAUUACCAAUAACAACAUUUUAAUAAAUAUACACAGAGGAACAACCAGCCAGAAGAUUAAAGUGUCCAUUGAUGACACCCCAGACAUAAUCCUUCAGAGGUUUUUCACCAAAAUGGCAAAUAAGAAAUCUUUGAUGAAUAUUCCUGAAGAAUACAGUGAGCAAGAUUUUGUUCUCAGGGCAAGUGGCAGAGAUGAGUAUAUCGUCGGGGAGAUACCUAUCAGAAACUUCCACUGGAUAAGACAAUGUCUUAAGAAUGGGGAGGAGAUUCACCUGGUGCUGGACAGUCCACCUGAUCCAAAUCAGGAUGAAGUUCAGAGAGAAGAGUGGCCCUUAGUUGAUGACUGCACUGGAGUCUCAGGAUAUCAUGAGCAGCUAACAAUAGAUGGCAAGGAUCAUGAGAAAGUGUUCACUAUUUCACUGUGGGACUGCAACAGGAAAUUUAGGGUUAAGAUAAUUGGCACUGAUAUCCCUGUACUACCAAGAAACACAGAUUUGACUGUAUUUAUUGAGGCUAAUAUUCAACAUGGACAACAGCUCUUGUCUCAGAGAAGAACAACAGCUAAACCAUUCACUGAAGAAGUCCUGUGGAAUGUUUGGCUUGAGUUUGACAUCAAGAUUAAAGACUUACCCAAAGGGGCAUUGUUGAACCUGCAGGUGUAUUGUGGCAAAGCACCUCCACCAUCCACUAAAGCUAAUCUCCAGUCACAUGAUCCCUCCAGUUCCAAUACCAAAAGCAAAACCCAGCUUCUCUAUUAUGUAAAUAUUUUGCUGAUUGAUCACCGCUCCCUGUUACGGACUGGUGACUAUGUGCUUCAUAUGUGGAAAAUCCCGGGCAAAGGGGAAGAUCAAGGAAGCAUCAAUGCAGAUAAACUAACAUCAGCUACCAAUCCAGAUAAAGAAAACUCAAUGGCUAUUUCAAUUAUUCUAGACAAAUACUGCCACCCAAUAGCUUUACCUAAACACAGGAUAGCUACUGAUCCCCUAGGAGACAGGGCUAGAGCUGAAAUGCCCAAUCAGCUGCGGAAACAGCUUGAAGAGAUUAUAGCUACCGACCCGCUUAAUCCACUUACCCCUGAAGACAAAGAAUUGUUGUGGCAUUUUAGAUAUGAAAGUGUAAAGCAUCCAAAGGCAUACCCGAAACUGCUUAGCUCAGUGAAAUGGGGACAACAAGAAAUUGUUGCUGAAACAUACCAAUUGUUAGCUAAAAGAGAUGCUUGGGAUUGUAGCCCUUUGGAUGUUGGACUGACGAUGCAACUUCUGGACUGCAAUUUCUCAGAUGAAAAUGUAAGAGCCAUGGCAGUGCAAAAACUGGAGGGUUUAGAGGAUGAUGAUGUUCUUCAUUAUCUUCUGCAGCUAGUUCAGGCUGUGAAAUUUGAGCCUUAUCAUGACAGUGCAUUAGCCCGAUUUCUUCUUAAACGAGGCUUAAAAAACAAAAGAAUUGGACACUUUUUGUUUUGGUUUUUAAGAAGUGAGAUUGCACAAUCUAUGCACUAUCAGCAAAGGUUUGCUGUGAUCCUAGAGGCUUAUCUUAGAGGCUGUGGAAAAGCAAUGCUUCAAGACUUCCUGAAACAGGCUCAAGUAAUUGAGCUCUUACAUAAAGUAACAAUGGAGAUAAAGCUGGUUUCUGCUGAAAAAUAUGAUGUCACUCCUCAAGUUAUCACACAACUCAAACAAAAACUUGAGAAACUGCAGGACAGUAAAUUUCCUGAAUGCUUUAGAGUUCCAUAUGACCCUGGAUUGAAAGCAGGAGCCCUCGUGAUAGAAAAGUGUAAAAUAAUGGCAUCUAAGAAAAAACCACUUUGGCUAGAGUUUAAGUGCGCAGAUCCUACAUCCCUGUCCAAUGAAACGAUUGGCAUUAUCUUCAAACAUGGAGAUGACCUGCGACAGGACAUGCUUAUUUUACAGAUUCUACGAAUAAUGGAGUCAGUCUGGGAAGAAGAAUCCUUGGAUUUAUGUUUAUUACCAUAUGGUUGUAUUUCUACAGGAAAUAAAAUAGGAAUGAUAGAGAUUGUAAAAGAUGCUACGACAAUUGCUAAAAUCCAGCAAAGUACAGUUGGAAACACGGGAGCUUUUAAGGAUGAAAUACUAAACCAGUGGCUCAAGGAGAAGUGUAUAAUUGAAGAAAAGUUUCAGGCAGCUGUGGAAAGAUUUGUUUACUCUUGUGCUGGUUACUGUGUGGCAACCUUUGUACUUGGAAUAGGAGACAGGCACAAUGACAAUAUUAUGAUUACAGAGUCAGGUAACCUCUUUCAUAUUGAUUUUGGCCAUAUCCUUGGAAAUUACAAAAGUUUCCUUGGAAUCAACAAGGAAAGAGUUCCGUUUGUGUUGACACCAGAUUUUCUUUUUGUCAUGGGAACUUCUGGGAAGAAAACAAGCCCCCGCUUUCAGAAUUUUCAGGACAUCUGUGUAAGAGCUUAUCUGGCUCUUCGGAAUCAUACAAACCUCCUCAUCAUCCUGUUUUCUAUGAUGCUAAUGACUGGCAUGCCUCAGCUAACUAGCAAAGAAGAUAUUGAAUACAUCCGUGAUGCACUGACAGUGGGGAAAAAUGAUGAAGAUGCUAAAAAAUAUUUCUUGGACCAGAUUGAAGUUUGUAGAGACAAAGGCUGGACAGUACAGUUCAAUUGGUUUCUACACCUGAUGCUGGGAAUCAAACAAGGGGUAGAAAAGCAUUCUGCCUGAUGGUUGCUCAAGGUAGCUUUGAACAAGGAAUCUUCUUCAGCUUUUGAGGGUUUAUAAUUUUUAACCAGGGUGGUGCAGAGGGCUCCUAGAGCUUUCUUGUCUGUCUAAAAACAAGGCAUUCUUUGUAAAAUCUCAUUUUUGCAUUUACUGACAGUACAAAGUGAUAAUUUAUUUAAGACAGACAAACGUUUUACCGAUUCUUCUAUGUUUCCUACUGGCUAUAGGCAGCAUUAAAUAUGAGAUGGAACUUCCUGAAGUUGUACUUUGUAUUGUUUGAUUGACUUACAUGUGAUAUUUAGAUAGGCCAUCUGAAGAUAAUAUGGUGAAGGGAGCCAGUCUUCUGAGAUGUUACUGUUCAGUAUAACAUUAAAAGCAAAAUAUUCUCUUAUCCUUCCUAAGCUAUUUUUUUGUAGUAGUAAAUUGUACUCUCUUGUAAUACCUCUAAAUACUUGUUCACUCUUCGCAGCACAAAUAAGACAUCCUGAAGAAGUCUUAAAAGAACAAUUUUGAUUAUAUAAUAAACAAAUAAAAUGUCUUGAGGAUAUUAAAAGAAGCAUUUUGGUGGAAAACUCCAAGCAGCUUUUCCUCAAAAAGUCCUUAGGAUGUUUUAUUUGUACUCAGGGCAUCUUAUUUAAAAGUCACUAAAAUGUGGACCUCUUUUCCAGGAGUUGUCUUUAAGAUGUCUCCUGCCUGGUUUUGCAGAAUGCAGCCCAGGAGACGUCUCAUUUUUCCCGUCUUCAACCCCCGUUCCCCUGUGAGAGCACUGACUUCCAUUUUCACAGCAGCUUGUGUCCGCCAUUUUCUGCAGUUGAGAUUCCCUUCUACUGCCAUUCGCUGUUUCUCAAGGAGGUUUCCUCAGCUUGCGGCUCAUCAGAUUGCUAUUUCCUUGUAAAACAUUCCUGAAUAAAGUUUGUUUUUCCUGGUGA